UUAUUUUAUUUAAUCAUUCACCCUGAACAGCUUUAAACAGUCAACAUAAUGAAAGUUUGCUCUUAGUACUCCUCCUGUGUAACAACACAGCUCUCUCUGAACUCAUAAAACCCACAAGAAAAUAGAACUAAGUGUUUCAUAUUACAGAACACGGUUGACACAGUCUAUGUGUUACAUUUAGGAGAAUUUUGCAUCCAACGUUAAACCAGAAAAGAUAAGACAUAGUGAGAACGCAUGGUGGCGCUGCAGGUUAAGGUGGUGAGAAACAGAACUGCAGACGUAGCUCCAGGAUCCAGCCAAUUUCACACUGCCUGGAAGCUUAAGAACAGCUUUCUCGGUCAGAGCACAAUGUGUGUGAAACCUCUUUAAAACUGUAUUUAGAGACAUAGUUCUGACCUGCUAUACUGCAGGACCGGACUACCAGGAUCCUGGGCAUAUAUGAAGCUCCUGUGAACUCAGUUUUCAGGGAAGAGCAAUGGAGAUUGGAUGGAUGCACAAUCCGAGACAAAGGCAAGUCCUAGUUUUCUUUGUUGUGCUGAGCAUGUAUGGGGCGAGCGCCGAGUUGGGGCCCUAUUCAGUAGUGGAAGAAACAGAGAGAGGCUCCUUUGUGGCAAAUGUAGGAAAAGACCUGGGGCUGGGGUUGACAGAGAUGUCCACCCGCGGUGCCCGGAUCAUUUCCCAGGGGAACAAAGAGCAUUUGCAGCUCAAGGUUCAGACUGGGGAUUUGCUCAUAAAUGACAAACUAGAUCGAGAGAAGCUAUGCGGUCCGAGUGAGCCUUGCAUACUACAUUUCCAAGUAUUAAUGGAAAAACCGUUAGAGAUAUUUCAGGCAGAACUGAGAGUGCAAGACAUAAAUGACCAUUCCCCCGUGUUCACUGAAAGAGAAAUGAUUCUAAAAAUACCGGAAAACAGUCCUAUAGGAAUUGCGUUCCCUCUGAGUAAUGCUCUGGACUUGGAUGUAGGCAGCAACAAUGUUCAGAACUAUAAAAUCAGCCCCAACUCCCAUUUUCGGGUUCUGACCCGAAAUCGCAGCGACGGUAGAAAAUACCCUGAGCUGGUGUUGGACAAAGAGCUGGAUCGGGAGGAGGAGCCUGAAAUCUCAUUAACCCUGACAGCGCUGGAUGGCGGCUCUCCGCCUCGGUAUGGAACCGCCCAGGUGCGCAUUGAAGUGGUGGACAGUAACGAUAACGCCCCUGAGUUUGAGCAGUCGCUCUACAAGGUGCAUAUUCCCGAAGACAGCCCCGUAGGCUCCCUGGUUGUCACUGUCUCUGCCAGCGAUGUAGACAGUGGAGUCUAUGGAAAAAUAUCAUACACAUUCUUUCAGCCUUCAGAAGAUAUUAGCAAAACUUUGGAGGUAAAUGCUAUGACAGGCGAAAUUCGACUGAGAAAAAAAGUAGAUUUUGAAACAGUUCUGUCUUACGAAGUGGACAUCAAGGCCACUGAUGGGGGAGGUCUUUCAGGAAAAUGCACUCUUCUCCUGCAAGUAGUGGAUGUGAAUGACAAUCCUCCAGAAGUGACAGUGUCUGCACUCACCAAUCCCAUCCCAGAGAACUCCCCUGACAUUGUAGUUGCUGUUUUCAGUGUUUCAGAUCCUGACUCUGGGGACAAUGGGAAAACUAUUUCCUCCAUCCAGGAUGACCUUCCUUUUCUUCUAAAACCUUCAGGCAAGAACUUUUACACCUUAGUAGCCCAGAAAACACUAGAUAGAGAAGAAAGAGACGAGUACAACAUCACCAUCACCGUCACAGAUAUGGGGACACCGAGACUGAAAACCCAGCACAACAUAACCGUGCUGGUGUCCGACGUCAACGACAACGCCCCCGCCUUCACCCAGACCUCCUACACCCUGUCCGUCCGCGAGAACAACAGCCCCGCCCUGCACAUCGGCACCGUCCGCGCCACAGACAGAGACGCGGGCGCCAACGCCCAGGUCACCUACUCGCUGCUGCCGCCCCUCGACGCGCACGUGCCCCUGGCCUCCCUGGUGGCCAUCAACCCGGACAACGGCCACCUGUUCGCCCUGAGGUCCCUGGACUACGAGGCCCUGCGGGCGUUCGAGUUCCGCGUGGGCGCCGCCGACCGCGGCUCGCCCGCGCUCAGCAGCCAGGCGCUGGUGCGCGUGCUCGUGGCAGACGACAACGACAACGCGCCCUUCGUGCUGUACCCGCUGCAGAACGCCUCGGCGCCCUGCACCGAGCUGGUGCCCAGGGCGGCCGAGGCGGGCUACCUGGUGACCAAGGUGGUGGCGGUGGACGGCGACUCGGGCCAGAACGCCUGGCUGUCGUACCAGCUGCUCAAGGCCACGGAGCCCGGGCUGUUCGGCGUGUGGGCGCACAACGGCGAGGUGCGCACGGCCCGGCUGCUGAGCGAGCGCGACGCGGCCAAGCACAGGCUGGUGGUGCUGGUCAAGGACAACGGCGAGCCGCCGCUGUCGGCCAGCGUCACGCUGCACGUGCUGCUGGUGGACGGCUUCUCGCAGCCCUACCUGUCGGCCCCGGAAGCGGAAGCGGCGGACGCGGCGCCGGCCGACCCGCUCACCGUCUACCUGGUGGUCGCCUUGGCGUCGGUGUCGUCGCUCUUCCUCUUCUCGGUGCUGGUGUUCGUCGCGGUGCGGCUGUGCAGGCGGGGCGGGGCGGCCUCGGUGGGUCGCUGCUCGGUGCCCGAGGGCCCCUUUCCGGGCCACCUGGUGGACGUCAGCGGCACGGGGACCCUGUCCCAGAGCUACCAGUACGAGGUGUGUCUGACGGGAGGCUCUGGGAGUAAUGAGUUCAAAUUCUUGAAGCCGAUUCUCCCCAACCUCCCGCCCCAAUGCCCUGGGAAAGAAAUAGAGGAAAAUCGUACCUUCUACAAUAGCUUUGGGUUCAAUAUUCAGUGACCGUAAUUAACUUUUAUAUCUCAUAGGUAUGUUGUUUUGUGGCACUUCCAUACCAACAUUAUUUCCCCCAAAAUGUGUGUGUUUGAAGUUGUACUGAUGUUACUUUAUGUUUUCGCAUGUUCUACCCACCUUUACUUUUAAGUGAAUGUUUAUCUUUACCUGUGGUUGUAGUUAGAUAGCAAUUUAUUCUCUAACCAAGGAGGUCUUAAUUUGUAAUUAAUUUGCCUCCUUAAAUAAUAAUACCAAAUCAGUUUUUGCUCAUGGCCCUCUCUCCAGUUGAACUCUCAUUCACAAUUAGGCUUAUGAUAAAAUA